AUGGCUCUCCUCGUGAACCAUCUGGAACAGAUUUCUCUAUCUGCAAAGUCUAUAUCUGAGCUGGAGUUUCCUCCACCUAAGAUAUUUACGAAUGCUCUGCUCAACAAUCAGGAAAUUACAACCCUGAUUCGCGACACGGAACCUCAUGAGCGUGCACUCUUCUCAAUCGAUCCAAAUGCUAUCAGCAGAAAUCGUCCACAGAAUGGUUUUCGGUCUGCAGACAACAAAAAUGGUUUACAAGGCCGGAAAAGUGGGGUUUCUUUCGCCCAUCCCAUGAAGCAAUCGGCGGUCUCAGCGCUGCUGGGUAAAGAGAUGCUCCAGGAGAUCAGACAAUCUAGCAGUGGGCGCUCUCGUGAAGGAGUGAACGUUGAAGUCCUCCUUCGCGGAGCAGAAAGACUCUGUGAGGUUUACACCGUGGCGGGUGCAACAGAAAGAAUUCGAGCCCUUCGCAACCGUCACCGGGACGUCGCUAGCUCUAUAGCUAUGCUCGAGGACAAGGUCUCCAGACAACAGUCGCUUCUAGACCGCACAAAUCAGGCAUUGAACUCUCAAGAAGGGCGGGAUGAGAAUGAUCUUGAGCAAGACCGGAUCAACCACAAUGCUAUACUUGGCCUCGUGGAUGAAGAUUUCCAGGUAGAAGAGGAGGAAAUCCGCGAGUUGGAGGCUAGAAAGAAAGCCUUGGAGGAGCGUGUCUCCGGCAUGGAAAGAGACCUCGGCGGGCUUCUUAAGUGA